CAGGAGGCACUUCUAGUGAUUCUCUUCCUGGAAUCAGCUGUCUCUUCCCAUGUAUGUCACCCCUCCCUCCCUGGAACUCACUACCUCUCCUCCCCACCCUCCUUGUCACACUCUCUCUCUCUCCCUCUCUCCUUGUCUCCCUUUCUCUCUCUAUCCCUUCGUCACUUCCAGUCUGAGUCUGAGAGUCACAUCCGGCACCUGGAGAAACACAGAGAGAGAGAGAGAGAGAGACAGACAGGCACAGGGAGAGACUGCCGGCGCAGAGGGGUGGCCUGGGACAACGAGAUCAACGUCAUAGUGUGACCGAGGAAGUGACAGAGGAGACACGGGACAGACAGACAGAGACUAUCUACCUGUGUUGAUCGGCAGGUGGAGUAGAUACCUGUCCGGCCGGUAGCUCCUCACUGCAAUCAAGGCUACCUACCUCUAGAAGCACCCAGUAGACGACCACCAUUUAUCUGAUCCCCUCCAGAGACCUUUAACCGGAUUGACCUCCCAGCCAGAGGCUCCAGAUAUUCUGAAUUCCAUCUUUGGAACACUCAAGACUCAGGUUCCAAACGAGUUAGAAUUUUUUUAUUUUUUUUUUAAAUCUAAGAAAACAUGCAUAUUUGUACACUCUUAUAUGUAUUUUAAAACUAUGACUUUUAUAGGUGUUUCUACUCUCUGCAUUCCCUGGCCAGACUGGAAAUACUGGACUCUGUGAAUAUUUUUUUGCCUGGAGCUGCUUUUUAGAUUUUUCAUAUAUUUUUUUUUUAACCAAAAUAUCUCAAACUUGUAGCUACAUUUUGGGCCUUUUUUGUGUGAAAACCUCACACAGUUCAUGAUCUUAUAAUUUAUUCCGUUUUCUGUGCCAGUGAAGUAAAAAAGACAAAUUGCUAAAUUCUCUAAGAAAAAAAAAACAUCUUCAGAUUGCCCGUGAAGGACUGACCAAAACAAAUGUAUUCCAUUUGUGAAAUAUUGUGCAGUCUUUAAAAUGGAUGUUUCCUAUAGAAGCUGUACAUUUGGAUUAAAAUCCUACAGUUUUGGUUAAAAACCCAUUCCAGCAUGGGCUAUAAUUAACGAUAUUUUUAUAAAUAUAUUUAUAUAUUGAGACAUUUAAAUCCUUGCAAAAAUAGGUGUCCCUUUUCUUUUUUUUUUUUUACAUUUUCUUUUGAUCAUUUUUUGGGAGUAAUUGGGAGAUGAACGGGUUUUCCAUCAAAGAGUUGUGCUGCCUCUUUUGUUGCCCGCCGUGUCCUGGCAGAAUUGCGGCAAAAUUAGCAUUCUUGCCACCUCAACCCACCUAUGCCAUUGUACCUGAAGCGGAAGCACCCCCUGCGACUGGCAGUGGACGUGGCGCAACAGGGAUUAUGGGAAGAUGGAAGCUACAUCUCACGGAUCGUGCCGACUUCCAAUACACUCAGCGGGAGCUGGACACCAUAGAGGUUUUCAUGACCAAGAGUAAUCGAGGAAAUCGAAUCGCCUGCAUGUACAUCCGUUGUGUGCCCGGCGCAAGGUUCACCGUGCUAUUCUCUCACGGCAAUGCGGUAGAUUUGGGCCAGAUGAGCAGUUUCUAUUUGGGCCUUGGAACGCGCAUCAAUUGUAACAUCUUUUCCUACGAUUAUUCUGGAUACGGAGCAAGCUCAGGACGGCCCUCUGAAAAGAAUCUCUAUGCUGACAUUGAUGCCGCCUGGCAGGCUCUGCGUACCCGGUAUGGCAUAUGCCCAGAAAACAUCCUGCUGUAUGGACAGAGUAUUGGCACAGUGCCAACCGUGGACUUGGCAUCCCGCUAUGAGUGCGCAGCUGUGAUCCUGCAUUCACCUCUGACCUCGGGGAUGCGAGUGGCCUUUCCUGACACUAAGAAAACCUACUGCUUCGAUGCCUUCCCAAACAUCGAAAAGGUAUCAAAGAUAAGUUCUCCAGUACUGAUAAUCCACGGGACAGAAGAUGAAGUGAUUGAUUUCUCGCAUGGAUUAGCAUUGUACGAGCGUUGUCCCAAAACAGUGGAGCCACUAUGGGUGGAGGGAGCGGGACACAACGACAUUGAACUCUACAGCCAAUACCUGGAACGUCUACGACGUUUUAUUUCCCAGGAGUUGGUUUCCCAGCAGAGUAACUGAUGCUAUAAAAUACCGACGUCCGUUACCCUACCAGUAUCCCCGAUCUCAAUGGAUACUCCGUAAUAGGACGACUGCUUGUUUUUAUGAACUACUUAAAAUGACUGCAGGUGAAACCAUUAAAAUCUUGUUAAUUUAAACUGCGCAUACUUUGCUCUCUCUGGUACUACAUGCAGUUGCAAUACUGCUAUUGAGCGGGCAAGUAGACUACUUUAAACAGGCAUCUCUCCGUAGAGAGAGCUGAAGGGUGGUGUUUGUGCGACACAUGACAAUGUAUCUCAUCUGUAAUUACGUUCCUCUCCACUCGGCCUUGUAUGCCCUUUUAAAAAGGAAAAAAAAGGAUCGUUAAUAAACACUAAAAUAAAACCCAUUGAGUGGGUUUUUACAUUUUUGCAAGCCCCUUCUUAGUGUUAAAAUAAGUUGACAUGAGUCAUUGGGCAUGAGAUCUAUUGAUUCUAUUAAGGCACUUUGAUAGAAUAUAUUUGGCAUAACAUGCAAUAAGGCAUCUGUAAAUGCCACCAUUUUAAGUCCUUAACUUGUCUAUGGAAUGUUUAGUGAAUUAACUUGAAAGUACAACUUGCUUAUCACCGUCGGCCAUUUUCCUUUUAUUAUAUGUAAGCCCCGAGGUUCAUCUUUCUGCAAAAUGAUUGGUUGGUUACUGCAAACGUGUUUUCUUAUGAAUUUCUAUCUGCAAUUGAUGCAUACGGUGGUAACAGUGCGGAUAGGGAGAAAUCACUUGAGAGAUUAUAUGAUCUGGAUUGAAACCAGACCAUCAGGCAGCUGCAAUUGCAGCAUCCCUAAGAUAACUGGUGGACUGUAAAUUGAGCCCUGGAAUUUAAAAAAAAAUAAAUUUUGUAAUAAGAUUAUACUUAUGUUGAUUUUAACUGUGGACAAGAUCAUAUGUGGUAAGAAGAGAAUAAAAAAUUUAAGAGCAAUAAUGGAAUGUGUGUCAUAGGUGUUUGGCCUUUUGCUAUUAUCGCCAAGGAUGAGGGGAAGUGCUGAACUAAUUUGUUCUUAUUUUUGCUCAUUGAUACAUGUUCAACUACACAAAAAUAAG